AUGGGUGUUAUUAAAGUCAAAACUCUUUCUAGAAACUCCAUUCAGUCCAUUGAACGCACGGAGACGUCUAAUGCGUCCGUUGUCGUCAAGCAUGACUCGGUCACUCAGUUCGGGAGAGUGGCACCGGAAGGCUUGGGAACUGUCACGCCUGUAGGGAGUUUCCCUUGUUGGCUCGACACCAACAACUCCGACCAAGUUCCUGGGAAUAUUCACUCCGUCUACUGCCUGCAGCGCUGUGAUUCUACAAUCAGUGAUACAGACAUGGAUUUUGGAGCGGAAGGAUUGCCGGAAAGGGGAAAUUCUACUUUCAUACGUGGGGUCCCAACCUGCAUUCUUCCCGGCAACGAGGAUUGCUUUCGACCUAUUUUUUUAGCUAUUGGGCCUUACCACCACGGAAAGGAGGAACUGGAGCUCAUGGAAGCAUGUAAAGCGGAGCUAAUUGAGAGAUCCCCUGGAUUGUGGGGAUUCGAAGCUGAGGUUAGAGAGUUUGUUCCCCAAAUACUGAGCUUUUAUCCGCCUGAUAUCAGAGGCGAAUUUCAGAUCAAUUUUGAAGAAAUGAUUGUUAAAGAUGCGUUUUUCGUUGUGUUUGUGGUCUAUCUUCGUUUAAAGCAAGUUUCGAAUGGGUUAGAUCUUACAGAUUGUUCUGGGAUUGGGAAUUUCGACCCCUCCAUGCUUCAAUUCUGUGUGCAAGAUUUGUUGAUUGCGGACAAUCAAUUACCCUGGCUGGUAGUUGAUAAAGUCAGUUCUUUAGUUUUUGGAGGAGAAAAAAACGGAAGAUUUAUGAUUGAUAAGUUUCUUUCUACUGUAAUGUCUGGGAAAUCAUCUACUAAUGUUCCAGAUGAUCUCUUUGAUGGCCAUCCCUUGCAUUUACUUGAUUUAUUGAGGAGGAAAUAUCUUGUGGAUUACGUGUAUCCUGAGGAUGAUAGAUUUGUUCUGUACUCAGCCAAAGAACUGCCUAUGAGAGGAGUAAAUAUUGUUGAGGCUGCGCCAGAGAAUGGAUUUUUGGUUGGUGGUGUGAGUUUUUGUGGGAAAACUGCAACGCUUGCUCUUCCUCGCCUCACUAUUUGUGAGCAUUUCAAACACACAUUUCCGAAUAUGGCUGCUUAUGAAGCCACCCCUGGCAUUUGUAACAAUGGUGAAAUUACCAAAUUUCUUUGCCUGUUCCGAGGAUUGCUACGGGACCCAGAAAGUGUGGCAAUCAUGCGAAAGAAGUUCAUUUUUUGUGAAGGAGAUGAUGAGACGAUUAUGGAAUUGUUCAACAAGAUGUGUCAAAAUCUCCAUCCUGAUUUUUUAAUUUAUGAAGUUUCAGAGGAAGAUCAAAUGUUUCAGUUUGGAUUUCUUGACAAGGUAAAGCGGCAGAGCAGAGAGUUUUAUGAGACCUUCUUGGCCUCCUGGUUGGAAGCAUUGGGUGUUGUUGCAGCUGUUAAUAACGUAAGGAUAUGGUGUGGAGGGUUAUACCAGAUGUACUUGAACCAUCAGAUGGAAGUUGAAGCUCUUCUUGGAUCUGCUAUGAUGUUUAUACUUCGGAACUUAGUAAACUAA